GUGAUCUGCAUUGUAAUAUUUUUGAAAACUCGGGUUUAUUGCUGAAUAAGUGAAUUCAAGGCUUCAAGCUUUAUAAGCUAAUGGAAACAGGAAUGGCCUUUAGUGAAGUUUGUAGAAUUUGCUUAUGCGUUAAUGUACGCAUGUUUGUACUAAAGGAGACUAGUCUCCGAAAUUUGUACAAAACAUUGACGAUCAGUUUUAUGGAUGAGGAUGUGGAGCCCAUAAUUGUCUGUUUUACCUGUCAUGCAAGACUCAUUCGUUGCAGAACAUUACAACAACAGGCUAUUGAGUCAAAUGCAGUUCUGAAGCAGUUGCUUGCAGGAGGGUCCAUGUCUAUACCAAAUCAUCAUGAUGCUAGAGAUAAGAUUCAAUUCACACCAAUUAGUCAUAUAGAUAUCAGGCCAGUAGAGUGUGAUCUAGAUAAUGGUUGUCAGAACGAAAUGUUUAGCCUUGAAUCUGUUAAAGUUGAAGAAGAGAAUUUAGAAAAUGAGAAUUUCAAAUAUGAAGAAAAUGGGAAUUAUGAAAUAGAGAGUGCUGAAAAACAAGAAGAUUUGGAGAUUGACGCUUUUGAAGAUAGACAUACGGAUUUGGAUGACGACUUGCCGCUAAUUGCAUUUGGUUCAAAGAGUAAAAAAGAUGACGAUGACAUAGAAACUUCUGAGAAGAAGAUUAAAUCAAAUUCUACUGAUUGUAAGAUAAACGAUGUUCGUGAAGAAGAGCUCGAUUUUGAAGGCCCUACUAUUAAAUCAAACCCUAAAGUGAAAAAAGAUAAUCAACCAAUUAAUAAAAAAGGAAAGCAUCCUGCAAAGAUUAUGAAAACGAAAAUUUUGAAACAAAAGAGUGUAAAUAUGCUUAAGAAAAAAACAUCUGGGACAUCAACUGAAUACAUUUUUGAAUGUGAUGGUUGUAGUAAAAAAUUUUCAACAAAAGACAUUCUCGCCAAACACAUUUCAUACAGUCAUAAGACGCAAAAGAACUCAGACACCACUGCAGUUCGGACACAAGUAGAACAAGCUCCAGUACCACAACAAACAGAAAUAUUUAAUUGUGAUAUUUGCGAAUUUAAAACAUCUCACAAACGUUACAUUUUGGCACAUCUUAAAGCACACGUCUCUAAACAAAUGUACUGUUGUAAUAAUUGUGAAUAUAAAUGUAUUAGACAAAGUAAGUUGCAAAGACAUAUGAAAAUACACACCGGUGAAAAACCUUUUUCGUGUAAUAUCUGUGAAUAUAGAUGUAUUACAAAAAGUAAUUUGCAAACCCAUUUGAAAAUACACACCGGUGAAAAACCUUUUUCGUGUAAUGUAUGUGAAUAUAGAUGUAUUAGAUACAGUUAUUUGAAAACACAUAUGAAAAUACACACUGGAGAAAAACCUUUUUCGUGUAAUGUAUGUGAAUAUAGAUGUAUUACAAAAAGUUGUUUGCAAAUACAUAUGAAAAUACACACCGGAGAAAAACCUUUUUCGUGUAAUAUCUGUGAAUAUAGAUGUACCACAAAAAGUAAUUUCCAAAGUCAUAUGAAAAUACACACCGGAGAAAAACCUUUUUCGUGUAAUAUAUGUAAAUAUAGAUGUAUUAGAUAUAGUCAUUUGGAAACACAUAUGAAAAUACACACUGGAGAAAAACCUUUUUCGUGUAAUGUAUGUGAAUAUAGAUGUAUUACAAAAAGUUGUUUGCAAAUACAUAUGAAAAUACACACCGGAGAAAAACCUUUUUCGUGUAAUAUCUGUGAAUAUAGAUGUACCACAAAAAGUAAUUUCCAAAGUCAUAUGAAAAUACACACCGGAGAAAAACCUUUUUCGUGUAAUAUAUGUGAAUAUAGAUGUAUUAGAUACAGUCAUUUGGAAACACAUAUGAAAAUACACACUGGAGAAAAACUUUUUUCGUGUAAUAUAUGUGAAUAUAGAUGUAUUAGAUACAGUCAUUUGCAAACACAUAUGAAAAUACACACCAGUGAAAAACCUUUUUCGUGUAAUAUCUGUGAAUAUAGAUGUAUUGGAAAAAGUGAUUUGCAAAAACAUAUGAAAAUACACACCGGUGAAAAACCUUUUUCGUGUAAUAUUUGUGAAUAUAGAUGUAUUGGAAAAAGUGAUUUGCAAACCCAUAUGAAAAUACACACCGGUGAAAAACCUUUUUCGUGUAAUGUAUGUGAAUAUAGAUGUAUUACAAAAAGUACUUUGCAAACACAUAUGAAAAUACACACCGGUGAAAAACCUUUUUCGUGUAAUAUCUGUGAAUAUAGAUGUAUUGGAAAAAGGGAUUUGCAAAAACAUAUGAAAAUACACACCGGUGAAAAACCUUUUUCGUGUAAUAUUUGUGAAUAUAGAUGUAUUAAAAAAAGUCGUUUGCAAGAACAUAUGAAAAUACACACCGGUGAGAAACCUUUUUCGUGUAAUAUUUGUGAAUAUAGAUGUAUUAGAAAAACUGAUUUGCAAAGACAUUUAAAAACACACACUGGCGCAAAACCUUUUUCGUGAGCUAUCUGGUGAAAUAUGUACAAUAUUGUGUAAACUUGUUUUAUAUAAAUAUGUGUGUACCAGACAAAAAUCCAUUUUUGUGAAUUUGUGAUGUAAUUAUAUAACGAGUAGAAAAACCUUUCCGUGCCUUAUGUGCCAAUUGAAACUGCAUCUAUUCUGAAGAAGUUAAUUCAAUACCUACUCGUCGUUCACUUCAAGAAUGCCGUUACCUCCCGCCGCGCCCCCUCAUGCCGCGCCUCAAGCGGCGCCCUUUUAGUACCGAUAGCAACGUCGAAGUGUACUUACGUCCGUUUUUUAUGCUCCCGUACGUUCUCUAGUUUGUUACUGUUUUUGCUGUUGUUUUUGUUACUGUUGAUUUUUUGUUUUUGUUUCUGUUGAUAUUCGUUAAUUUGUUUUGUUAUAAUGAGUAAAAGAGGAAAGGUCUUGGACAGUGGCGAACACAAUUUAUUAUAUAAGAUAAUGAGAUUCUUUGAACAAGAAAAGGUUGAAAAGCAGUUGAUAACGCCUUAUGAUGUUCAAGAUGUCGUAGCUAUGAAAAGUAUUGCCAGAAAUUAAGUUGUUGGAAAAUGAAAAGAAGUACCAGGCGCUAUAAAAAUCAUUUGAUAACGUUAUCAAGAGAACUGCGGCCGCCACUGAUAUAUCUGAACAUAAUUUAAGAAAUAUAAAGACUGAAGCAAAAAAAAAUUAAAACGAGCUCACCUGAGCCCAGUACUUCAAGUACACAAGAAAUAAAAUUGACAACACCGAGAAAAAGGAAAAUAGCCACAAAGAGGUUGGAAAUAGAUGAUUUCAUGGUGUGUUCGAUUCGAAACAUAAUUGACCGUUUCUACACAGUUAAAAAGGAAGUUCCUACGCUGCGCAAGAUAUUAGCAGAAGCAAAGAAAGAUUUAAAUUUUCCUGUUCAAAAAGUCACUCUCUGGAAAAUUAUAAAAACGAAGCUUGGAUAUAAGUUUACAAAAUGUAAAAAUAUAAGACAAUAUCUUAUUCAGAAACCGGAGAUAGCAGCAUGGAGAGCAUGUUACUUACGUUAAAAUGAUGAACAGGGAGUCUAUAAAAAACCAGUCAUAUAUUUGGAUGAAACAUGGAUAAACAGCCACUAUACCGUUUCAAAAUGCAACUGAUGCAAGCGUAAAAAAAAAUUUCAAUCCCGGACAACGUUGGAUUGUGGUCCAUGCUGGCAGCGAGAAUGGUUUUGUCAAAGGUGCCGAACUCUUUUAUAAAUGCAAAAGCACUGCAGGGGAGUACCAUAAUGAAGUGGACGCAAAUAAUUUCAAAAAGUAUAUACAGGAAAAACUCCUACCUAACUUACCUCCCAAUAGCAUUCUUGUACUUGACAAUGCAAUCACAGCCGCCAGAUUGAUAAACCACCGACUUCAGUGGCACGCAUAGAAGCUAUGCAAAAUUGGUUGCAGGAAAAUGGUAUAUCCUUUGACCCAAAGAUGACGAAGCGAGAAUUAUACUAUGUAGUAUGUCGUUCGAAGCCUACCAAAAAAUAUGAAAUUGACGAAAUUGUCCAAAGUCAUGAACACGAAGUCUUACGCCUACCACCGUACCAAUGUGAUUUGAAUCCCAUCUAGUACGUGUGGAAUCUAGUGAAGC